AAUGAGUCUCACUUGUCAACAAAUCAGCUCAAUCCUCAAUACUGCACCUGGCCUUGCAGUAUUGAAUGCCACCCAUCUUUCCAAUGGCGUCGUGGUCGAUUUACCUGGCUUGGUCCCGUCCUGUAUGGUGAAUGGACUUUCGUCGACCACUACUACCAACGAUCUUUGCCGAAUCAUCGUCAACGUAACAACAAGUGCUUCCAGCACCAACCGUAUCGAAGCAUGGCUGCCCGACAAUUGGAAUGGACGUUUCCUGGCAACCGGUAACGGUGGUAUUGGAGGCUGCAUUGACUAUGCGAACCUCCAGCACGGAGCGGGGCUCGGUUUCGCGACCUUCGGGACGAACGGGGGCCACGAUGGACAGACUGGAUUUGAAUUUUUCCUCAACCGACCCGAAGAUAUCAAUGAUUUUGGAUACCGCGCCAUCCACGCCGAAGCGGAAGCUGGCAAAUAUAUCAUAGAACAGUACUAUGGGCGGAAAGCAGAUUACAACUACUAUUCUGGCUGCAGCACGGGAGGUCGGCAGGGUUUCGAAGAAGCUAUUCUGUACCCAGAUGAUUUCCAUGGUAUACUCAUGGGUUCAAUGGGUGUAGAUUGGUUGCACAUCGUCGCAUCAAAAGGGAUUCUUGCUCGACGUAUGGGUUGGCCGGACCUGAGUUCUCCAAAGUAUAUCACAGCAGCGCAGUGGUCCGCGAUUGUCAAAGCGCAGAUCGAUUUGCUGGAUCCUCUCGACGGAGUCACUGACGGUAUCAUUGAUGAUCCUACGUCUCAUACCAUUGAUCCUUCAAUCUUCGGCUGCGGAAACGACGUUCUCAAUUCGUCCUUGUGUCUCACAGACGUACAAGUCCAGACGGUUCGCGAAAUCUAUGAGCCCUUGACCAACAGCGAAGGAGACGUUGUGUAUCCGUCUUUCGACCUAGGUGCAGAUACGUCUGUGUUUUCCGCGAACACAAAGACGGUGGAUGGAACGACUGUGCCCGAAUUGACAUAUACAGUAUUGCAAGACUACUGGCGCGGCGCUGUGUACAACUCAAGUACCUGGACCCCGCACAACUUUACAAUCGCGGACAUGGACUUUGCAGUGAAUUUGAACCCUGGCGGUAUAAAUAUUGCCGGUGGCUUGUCUCACAAUGUCUCCGCGUACCACUUCCAGGGCGGAAAACUUUUAGCUUAUCACGGCCGCGCUGAUCAGACUGUCACUUCUGCUGUGUCUUCCCGCGCUUUCCACCGUACUGCUGAGACGUUGGAUCUUUCGCUAGAGCAGAUGCACGAUUUUUACCGUCUUUUCUACGUGCCUGGAAUGGGUCACUGCGCCGGGGGGGUUGGUGCCUGGUCCAUUGGCCAGCCAAACGUCAAUCGUCCGCCGGGAGAGCAGUUCAAUAACACCGAUAAUAACAUAUUGUUGGCUUUGGUGGAUUGGGUAGAGGAAGGUAAUGCCCCGCAGGCGUUGGUGGGGACAAAGUUUAAGGGAGAUAGAUUAGGUGAAGAGGUGGAGGCACAGCGCACACACUGCGUUUAUCCCAGUGUUAGUCGCUGGGACGGGGUGGGUGAUGCGAAGAAAGCGGAAAGCUGGAGGUGCGAGUUGGCGUAG